AUGGCUAGAGUUUGGUUUAUCACAGGUUCCUCAAGAGGACUUGGUUUUGCAAUUACUGAAGCAGCACUUAAGGCUGGAGACAAAGUUAUUGCUACUGCAAGAAACGCUUCUGUGCUUGUUUGCUUUCAAAAGGAAUUCGGUGAUAACAUUUAUCCAAUUUCUUUAGAUGUUACCAACAAAGAUCAAGUUUCAAAAGCUGUUGCUGAAGGGCACAAAAAAUUUGGUCGUCUUGAUGUUGUGGUCAAUAAUGCUGGAUAUGCGAAUACUGUUGGUGUUGAAGAUAUCGAGAUAGAGGACUUCGAAAAUCAAGUGAAUACUAAUUUCUUGGGUGUUGUUUAUGUUACCAAAGCUGUUCUCCCAAUCCUUAGGGAACAAGCUUCUGGGUACAUUUUUCAAGUUUCAUCACUUGGUGAUAGAUUGGGUGCCCCAGGCCUCUCUGCCUACCAAUCUGUUAAGUGGGCCGUCUCUGGGUUUUCUACUGUUCUUUCUCAGGAAAUUGCCCCAUUUGGUAUUAAACUCACUGUACUUGAACCAGGUGGAAUUAAGACUGACUGGGCUGGCUCCUCAAUGAAAGUGCCACCAGUCAGCGAGCCAUACAAGCAGACUGUGGGAGCAUUUGCAGAGUUUCUCAAAAGUUCAGACGGUGGGCCUUCUAGACCAGAGAAAAUUGCCGAGAUAAUUUUUAAACUUUUGAAUGAGAAGGAGCUGCCAUUGCGUCUUUUGAUCGGAAGUGAUGCGGCCAGUUACGGUGCCCAAGUUGCAAAGGAAUUGGCAGAAAGGGAUGCUAAAUGGAACUACCUCACCCUUCAGUCUAGUUGA